CUUCUUGGUUUAGCUGUUAGACUUGAAUAUGGAGAUAAUGCUGAAAAAUACAAGGACUUAGUACCCGAUAACAGGAAAAAUACUGACGACACAGCUAAAAAUGCAGAGCCAUUGAUCAACCUGGACGUAAAUAAUCCUGAUUUUAAGGCUGAUGUCAUGGCUCUGGCUAACCUCCUUCAGAUUCAAUGUCAUGAUGAUUACUUGGUAAUGCUUAAGGCAAUUCGCAUUUUGGGUCAGGAGCGUCUAACACAGGAUGCAGUUGCUAAAGCAAAUCAAACGAAAGAGGGCUUACCUAUUGCUUUAGACAAACAUAUUCUUGGCUUUGACACAGGAGAUGCAGUUCUGAACGAAGCUGCUCAGAUCUUGCGAUUGCUGCACAUAGAAGAGCUCAGAGAGCUACAGACGAAAAUUAAUGAAGCCAUAGUAGCUGUUCAGGCAAUCAUUGCUGACCCAAAGACAGACCACAGACUGGGGAAACUCGGAAGAUGAGCACACCAGGAUUUCAGCUUCUCGCCUGCCUAGUGUGCUGGGAACCAUGUGCAUCGGCAUGUGUUUGGAAAUCAAAUGUCACAUUUUCGAGGGAGGAAUCCCAGGAAAUUGGCCAUGUUCUAGAGAUUUCCCACCAUUGCUUUUUUUUUUUUCUUUAAUAAAGUUGGGGAAAGUAAA